CAAGACAAACAAUAAAAGACAUGAGCGAUAAAGAUCUAGAUAAAUUUUUAGAAAUUUAUAAUAGCAAUAAAACUGAAUCUGUAGAGUUUUAUAAUUGGAAAAUAUCAACCGGUCUCAGCUUUGAAGAUAUUCGAAAUGAAAACCAAU